AUGGCGACCAGAAACUUUGGCACAACCCAAAACUUGAACCGGCAAAGCAUGGCUCCGGGCGCAGGCAGCGCCGCCAAAAACCGACAAUUGGCUCAUCUCCAGUCGCAACUUGCUCAGUUAUCGACGAAUUUAUCAGAUACUGAGAAUCUGCUGCGCAUGACGAGCGUGCAGGCUGAGGCAAUGAGAGGCUUGGGGAGUUGGCAUGGUGGACUGUUUAUGGCUGCUAGCAAGGUUCUUGGGGAGGAGAGUGUGAGGGAAGCGAGGUGA